GCUGGGUCUCGCGGCUCGGUGCGCGGUAGCGGAGAGCGAGGCCUGCUGAGCGCCGCCGUGGUGCGCGCCGCCUGGUCAAGGUUGUGCGGGAAGGGGCGCAGCGGGCGGGCGAAGAGCGCGCGUCUCACCCUCGCAGUGGCACCGGGACCGGUCGCCUGGAGGAGCCGAAAUCAUGACCACUCCAGGAAAGGAGAACUUUCGCCUGAAAAGUUACAAGAACAAAUCUCUGAAUCCAGAUGAGAUGCGCAGGAGGAGGGAGGAAGAGGGCCUGCAGUUACGGAAGCAGAAGAGAGAGGAGCAGUUAUUCAAGAGAAGAAAUGUCGCUACAGCAGAAGAAGAAACCGAAGAAGAAGUUAUGUCAGAUGGCGGCUUUCAUGAGGCCCAGGUUAAUAACAUGGAGAUGGUCCCAGGUGGGGUCAUUACCUCUGACAUGAUUGAGAUGAUAUUUUCAAAUAGCCCAGAGCAACAACUUUCUGCAACCCAGAAAUUCAGGAAACUACUUUCAAAGGAACCUAAUCCUCCUAUUGAUGAAGUCAUCAACACACCAGGAGUAGUGGCCAGGUUUGUGGAGUUCCUCAAACGAAAAGAAAAUUGUACACUGCAGUUUGAAUCAGCUUGGGUCCUGACAAAUAUUGCUUCAGGAAAUUCUCUUCAGACCCGGAUUGUGAUUCAGGCAGGAGCGGUGCCUAUCUUCAUCGAGUUGCUUAGCUCAGAGUUUGAAGAUGUCCAGGAACAGGCAGUCUGGGCCCUUGGCAGCAUUGCUGGAGAUAAUACCAUGUGCAGAGACUAUGUCUUAGACUGCAAUAUCUUCUCCCCUCUUCUGCUGUUAUUUUCAAAGCAAACUGCUUGAACAUGACUCAGAAUUGCAGUAUGAGCUUUAUCUAAUCUCUGUAGAGGGAAGAGUCCACCUCCAGAAUUUGCUAAGGUUUCUCCCUGUCUGAAUGUCCUUUCCUGGCUGCUGUUUGUCAGUGACACUGACGUGCUGGCCGAUGCCUGCUGGGCCCUCUCAUACCUGUCAGACGGACCCAAUGAUAAAAUUCAAGCAGUCAUCGAUGCAGGAGUAUGUAGGAGACUUGUGGAGCUUCUGAUGCAUAAUGAUUAUAAAGUGGUGUCUCCUGCUUUGCGGGCUGUGGGAAACAUUGUCACAGGGGAUGAUAUUCAGACACAGGUAAUUUUGAAUUGCUCAGCUCUUCAGAGUUUACUGCACUUACUAAGUAGCCCCAAGGAAUCUAUCAAAAAGGAAGCCUGUUGGACAAUAUCUAAUAUUACAGCCGGAAAUAGGGCACAGAUCCAGACUGUGAUAGAUGCUAACAUGUUCCCAGCUCUCAUUAGUAUAUUGCAAACCGCUGAAUUCCGAACAAGAAAAGAAGCUGCUUGGGCCAUCACAAAUGCAACUUCUGGAGGGUCAGCUGAGCAGAUCAAGUACCUAGUAGAACUUGGUUGUAUCAAGCCACUCUGUGAUCUCCUCACUGUCAUGGACUCAAAGAUUGUACAGGUUGCCCUCAAUGGCUUGGAAAACAUCCUGAGGCUUGGAGAACAAGAAGCCAAAAGAAAUGGCUCAGGCAUUAACCCUUACUGUGCUUUGAUUGAAGAAGCAUAUGGUCUGGAUAAAAUAGAGUUCUUGCAGAGUCAUGAAAACCAGGAGAUCUAUCAAAAGGCCUUUGAUCUUAUUGAGCAUUACUUUGGGACCGAAGAUGAGGACAGCAGCAUCACUCCCCAGGUUGACCUUAGCCAGCAGCAGUACAUCUUCCAGCAGUGUGAGGCUCCUAUGGAAGGUUUCCAGCUUUGAAGCAAUCCUCUGCUUUCUUGUUCCUGUGUCAGACCAGGCUACCCAGUCAAGUCCUCUUGUGGAGCCCACAGUCCUCAUGGAGCUAAUUUCUCAAAUGUUUUCCAUAAUACUGUUUGCGCUCAUUUGCUUGCCUUGCGCACCUGCUCUCUUACACACAUCUGGAAAACCUCUGGCUCUCUGUGGUGGAAUACCCUUUUAUUACAAGGGUAACCAGAACGGCCCACUCUCUUAUGGAAAAAUCCCUAAGCUUUGGAGAUCCGCACUUAUAUUAGAGUCAUGGGAAUAUAUACACAUAUAUUUGUGGCUCCCUUUUUUGUGGGGGAAAAAAGAGGACUCUUCCCUCAUUCCGUAAAGUGGGGAAAAUGACAUUAAAAGAUAAAACUAAAACCUUUAUCUUGAAUUUUACACAACUGCUUGGACAAGGGAGAUACUUAGACUUGUGUAUACAUCAGAGUACUCUUCUCGAGUUCUUCCUCAGUGAACCCACCCUUGGAGUACCUGGUGGCUUUUUCUAGCCAAAUUUGCAUUAAUCCUUAUUGAGAUGGGAUGGUUUUCUUUCCUCUAAUGGAGUCAUUCUUCAGAUAUUAAAGUUAAACCAUCCCUCCCUCACCUUCAGCCUUCAGUGAAUGUGCUUCUAGUUGUCAGGAAUGCUGAAGAAUUAACACUCUGACUUUUAAAUGUGAUACUGACUUGGCAGAUUCCCUUAAAGCAGAAAGGAGAGGAGCACAGAUUAAUGUGUAUGGCUUCUCUUUGGUUUUAUGUCUCUUAGGAUUUGGAAGUAGUUGAGUUUUAACACCGGUAUGAAGAUAAAAGUCCUUAGCAAAACCAUGUUCUAAAAUUCGAUUAAGGAGUCAGAAGAACACAGAACCCAUCACUUUUUCUAAACCAGUGUGACGAGAGGCUGUGUUUCUGCAUUAAAAAAGAUACUCAGGCUUUGUGGUCCUGAUCAAGGUCCUGGUAAUUGGAGUUCACCCUAGGUGCUUUUCCUCUAUGUGACUGGCAGAUAACACAGAUAUAAAUGUUACUUAGGGACUUUUUUUCCUUGGUCAAGUGCAGCUCGAUUCUAAUGCAUUCAUGCUGCAUACAUGAUCCUGCAAUGCAGCAACCUUAUCUUUAGAAGCGUAGCAGUCUCCUCAAUAUGACCUCUAGACUAAAAGGGCAGUGAUCUUUUUCUAAAAACCUCAGCGUUCCCUGGUUUUAUUUCAUCUCCUACUAUAAUUACCCUACCUCCCCAAGUAAAAACAGUGCCCACCUCCUGCUUAUUUAAUGAUGACUGUAAUGUACCUGCAAAUGGCGCUUCCAGUACUGUGUUCACUGAUCCACAUUUGUGCUUGGACUAGAAGGGGAAAAAAACAAAGAAAGCUUAAUUGCCAAGAGAACUGCAAACGAGUUCAAUGCGACUUCUCGGUGCUAGUUGGCCAUUUUGGCUCAAUGUUGGGACACACUAUCAGAGAAGAGCUUUCCUUGAUGAUGUUCUGUUCAAAAUGAAUUCUGAAGGAAAAGAUGCUCACGUCUGUUUCAGAGCAUACCCUUCUAAAUCUUUUUAGACUACUCUUCUAGAACUCAUUGUAACCCCAAAGUAUAGAAGCUAUCUGGGAGUUGCCCCUGACAAGCUGUUGCACAUCUCUGGUGAAUCCUGCUGAAUGUAAGGGAUAUUUAGAACUUCCAUACCUCAUCAUGAUGUUAUUUAAGCAGCCAAUUUACAUGACCCUAUUUACUUUGAUAAAUUCAUUUCAUUCAAACUAGGAAGUUCCAGAGUCAAAGGACAUUUAUCAGCUAAGAGUGUGAUGCAUUCUUGCCCUAGUCUUUAAAUGUGUCUGUGCUCUGGGAUGGAUAUCUUCUGAUGUCUGUCACUGAUGGAGCAGGCACUACAAAACUAGUCAGCUCCCAUCUGUCCUGUUGUUUUCUAGUGCUGCUUUGUGCUGAGAGAACAUGUUAGUUUACUGAACUUGACCUGUACAAGACUGAUUCUUUGUAAUUUUAGGGAUAAAUUAGGUGGUUAAUUUAAAGAUGAACUUUCAAUGUUGCCUUUACAUCACAUUAAAAUAUCACUUCUUUCAGAAGGUUAAUAGAAGCACUGAUUCAUAGUAAAAAUCUUGUUUUUA